CCGCCCCCGCCCUCCGCGGCGAAACUCGGCGGGAGCGCCGCGGGGGCUGAGACGGUGCCCGCGCCCCGCACGGCCCGCACCGCUCCGCUCCGCACAGCCAAGCGUAGCGCACCGCACCGCCGGCCGGCGGCGGGGGAUGAGCCGCGGCCACCGCGCUCCGGCACCUUCUCACGCCGCCCCGAGGGCACCUGGAGCCGCCGCCCCAGCGCCGCGCUGAGCCCUCCACGGCGUCGGUGCGAGAGGCGGUGAGACAGCUCCGCUCGGCUCGGCUCGGGCCGCCCCGAUCCCCCUCCGGGCUGGGCGCGGAGCGCUGCGGCAGGAAGAGGCAGCCCCGGCUCCCUCGGCUGCGGUCGGUGGUUGACGGACGGCACCCCGGUUCGGCCUCAUUUUAGGACUUUUUUUGUUCUUUCUUUCUUUAACUGAAACACAGCGCUUUUUUUCUUUUUCUUCUUCUUUUUUUUUUUUUUUAACAACUUCUCGCGCAUUUGAAUUUUUACUUUCGCACUAUACAGCCCUCUCCCCUCCCUUUCUCGGCUUUUCCUUUUCGGACCCGGUCUUGCCGUCUCUCAGCUCGUCAGCUGCAGCGUGGGUAUCAUGUCAUUCGACCCCACCAUUAUGCCACCUGCGAACGGCUCCGCCAACGGGACCGCCAGCGGGGCCGAAGGCGGGAAGCCCCCCACUAUCCCCACUGUCAUGUUCAUCUUCGGCGUGGUGGGCAACCUCAUAGCCAUCGUGGUGCUCUGCAAGUCCAGGAAGGAGCAGAAGGAGACCACUUUCUACACUCUGGUCUGUGGACUGGCAGUCACAGAUCUCUUGGGGACCUGCCUGGUGAGUCCGGUCACAAUUGCCACUUACCUGCAGAACCGGUGGCCAGGAGGAGCUGCACUGUGUGAGUACAGCUCCUUCAUCCUCCUCUUCUUUGGUCUCUCUGGCCUCAGCAUUAUCUGUGCCAUGUCUAUAGAGAGGUACCUGGCCAUCAACCAUGCCUAUUUCUACAAUCAUUAUGUAGACAAGAAGCUGGCAGGGCUCACACUCUUUGCCAUCUACGCUUCCAACGUGCUGUUCUGCGCCCUCCCCAGCAUGGGGCUCGGCAAAUCUACUUUGCAGUACCCUUAUACUUGGUGUUUCAUAGACUGGCGAACAAAUGUGUCCACCCAUGCAGCAUAUUCCUACAUGUACGCGGGCUUCAGCUCCUUCCUGAUCCUGGUGACUGUGAUCUGCAACAUCCUGGUGUGCGUGGCCCUCAUUCGCAUGCACCGCCAGUUCAUGCGACGCACGUCCUUGGGGACAGACACCACCUCCAGCCGUUUAUCUGACUUUCGCAGACGCCGGAGUUUCCGUCGGAUGGCUGGAGCAGAAAUCCAGAUGGUUAUUCUGCUCAUUGCCACUUCCCUGGUCGUGGUCAUCUGCUCCAUUCCUCUGGUGGUCCGUGUCUUCGUGAAUCAGCUGUACCGGCCUGAAUCAGUGGAAGAUAUCAGGCAAAACCCUGACCUGCAAGCUAUCCGCAUUGCCUCGGUGAACCCCAUUUUGGACCCGUGGAUCUACAUCCUCCUCCGUAAGACUGUGCUCAGCAAAGCCAUUGAGAAGAUCAAAUGCCUCUUCUGCCGCAUUGGAGGGGCUCGGAGGCAGCACUCGGGGGGCAACUUCAACUGCGCGGAUGGGCACAGGACCUCUUCUGCCAUGUCCAGCCAGUCGCCCUCCUUCAUCUCGCGCGAGCUGAGGGAGAUCAGCAGCACCUCGCAGACGCUGCUGUACCCUCCAGAGCUGAGCGAGAGCAGCGUCGGGGGCCGCGUGCUGCUCCCGGGCCCCAGCGCCAGCUCGGCUCAGUCCGACACCACGUCCGUAAGGACACUGCGGAGCUCCGACACCUCGGACUCCUCACAGGGACACGACUCCGAGAGUGUCUUUCUGGUGAGCGAAAUCAGCUCUGGUGGCAGGGCCAGCUCUGCACCCAAGAGUGGCCCUCUCCAGGUCACCUUCCCCACAGAGACAUUGAAUUUAUCAGAAAAGUGCAUAUAGAUAGCCGUGAAAGGCAUCAACCCUGGGGAUACUUCCUGGUACAUUGGAAAAACUGGUGCAAUAGAUAGGUGUUCUGCCUAUUCGUGGGAAGAGGGGUUCAGCUGUGCUUCAAAGGGCUAUUUUUCUCUUGCUGUGUGAUGGGUACAUUUCCUUUAGACUACUGAGGACUGUGUGGAACAGACAUUGCACUUGGGCCCUGCAUUGGAAAUGGUACAGAGCAGGUCUGAUGGGACUGGAAACAUGAACUGCCUUGUCUUGUAGGACACAGGAGAGCUACUGUGCCUCUGAAAAUAGAAAAACCCCAUCACUUGCUUUUUUUCUUUUUUUCUUUCCCUUUCCAAGUCUGGUAGAAUUGUUGCUUCUUCCCUGUGGCUGCUCAGCUAUCAAGAGUUUAAGCUUCUGGUUCUAGAGCUGAAUAUGAGGCAGCUGCUAGUAACUGGACACAGCUGCUCUGAGAGCUGCCUGCAGUAGGAUUUUAAAGUGUCUCACUAAAGCAUGAAAAUGUGAAUUUUUAUCAUUGUGUAUAUAUAUCAGGAUUGAAAAUAUUUAAAAGUGUAUUCUUCUCUAUGAGAAGGUUUGUUAUGAAUACAAGGUAUAUAGAAAUGAUUGCCAGCCUUCUCUUCCCUCAGUAUUUCCUGCUGAUAAGGCAUUCUUAGCUUAGAUUUGUUGUUCAUGCUAGAUUCACAGCUGAUGAGAUAAUUCUUGAGCUGAGAACACAUAAGCACUUUCUGAGUGAAAUGGGAAUAUAUGCCUUUCUAAGGGAGAAAAAGAAAACACAUCCUUCCAGUUAAGAAUAUUAGUUUUCAGUAUAUGUAUAUACUAAAAAAAUCCAAUUUUAUUUAUGUUCUGAGAAUGUUUUUCUGUGUAACACAUGCGCGCCUCUCUGAGUACUUUGGCCCACAGUCUGUACACCUUAGGCACACACUUAACAUUGCCCAUCAGAGUGGUCCCUCUGCUGCCAGGGAGACUCCUUACAUGUAAAGUUAAGGACAUAUAGAAGUGCUUUCAAUAUCAGGGCCUGAAACUUUCAACUCCUGGUUAAUAGUCUUAAUAUUCACUUUAGUUAAAGCAUCACUGAUGUAAUAAAGGUAUUUUUUCAUAACAUUUAUCAUUUUACUUUAAAUAGUAAAUAGAAUUUUAUGACUGUGUAAUCUGAUACUCCAUCAAAUAAAUGUAUGAAACAUGGAAGCAGAAUCUUCAUUUAAAGUAUAGAUUAUAUAGACUUUUACCGCAGUCUUAAACACCUUGAAAAGCAUUUGUUGCUAGAGUUUUGAUGACAAACACAUCACCAAAACCAGCUGUUAACCACUGACAAAAAGGAGUUUUGUGUUUUAUGUUGUAAGGGUUAGAUCUUGUUCCAGAAAUACUGUGUAUCAAAAUAAUUCUGUACAGAUAUUUGGGGGAUGUUUUGUCAAAUACAAAGCAUGCUAUGCUGCUUAAAGUGUUUUCAUGUGAAUGCUACAUUGUAAUGAAAAUCUUGAGCCUUAUGUUGCUAUGUUUAAGCAGUUGUACCUACCAAAGCAACUUUGGGGAUCACAAUUAAAUGGAAAUGUUCUGCUUGA